CUACACUGUCGUAUCCAUCAUCCUUGUUUUACAGACGAAGAAUGGAGGCCUCCUUCACCCUCACAGUGCCCAGUGACUGCUGCUUUGCAUUUGGUGCCACUUUGCCACCGGCGAGGCAAAUGCUGCCAGCUCUGUCCUUGUUCUUCAUCAUGGCAUCUCUUGCCAUUCUCAGACCUGCUGCUGUUGUCAAGCAGUCACAUGACACGUGUGAAGAAAUACAGGCCUUUCAAGGUGUUCAAGACACAAGAGCAUUUCCGGGGAAAUUAUUUUUUUACCCCAUAUCAUCGUUUGCUUUCCAUGGAACAAUAACUCACUACAAGGUCUCUCUGGCUAAUGGAUCAGUUUUGCCAAAAUGGCUAGAAUAUAACCCUACCACCAGAACCCUUCAAGGGCUGCCAAUGCUGGAAGAGAGUGGAGAAUACUAUCUCACUGUAGCAGCACAUGGAGAGGCUUGUGACUUAAAUACACCAGUGGCCACCGUCAGCUUCACACUUCAUGUUCACAACCACAUAACUGUCUGUGAAAAGCAAACAAGCACAAACCAAAAGCCCACGAAUGACAAUAUCUGUUCUGAAGAACUGUGUGCAAGGGACACUUCUGUCACCUUUGCUGAGAUCAUAAUCUACCACACAGCUGGUUCUCUAACCAUUCAAGAACGAAUCUCUCUCAUCUAUGCUAUGGCAGAGUAUCUCCACCUGGACCCAUCCUUCUUGACACUUAUUCCAUUCAAGGAAUCGUUUAACAAAUACUUGUGGAAUCUAACUGUCCUAAGAGAAGAUACUAAAUACAUCAGCACUGUGGAAAACCACUAUGUAGGACUAUGUUGGCCAGUUGGGUUUGGAGUGUUUGCUAUGUUGUAUGAAUUAGAACAAGUUCUACGACACAAUGUCCAGUCAAACCAUCUCUCAAAGUUGCUGGGCUAUGAAAUUGCUGGCUGGAGAAUACUUCAGAAAGUCAGCAAUGAGAAAAAGCAAGUCAGAAAACAACACAGGAGGCAAUUAAUGGUCACCCCAAGGCCUACAGUGAGACCAACUAAAAUAGCAGUGAAACCAACAAAAAUAGAGGCCUUCACUUUUUGGUCAAUUGGUCUGCUCCAUACAAAGUUUGCUGCAAGACCUAAUGGAAGUUCAUCAUCUUUGUACCAUGAGACAGUUGUUCCCAGCUUCACUGAUAUCUCUUUCCAUUCUGUUACAAGCCAGAGGGAUUUAGGAACCUUACAUGUUCUCAGUGUUCAUACUAGACCACCAGCAUUUACUAUUCUCCAGUCUCUCUCUUCUGCUGUUCCUGAACUUUCGCCUUCCAUGAUGACAUUAUUACCGACAGAAUUUGGGAGACAGGAUGAUCUGCCUUUCAGAACACAACCAUUAUCAGAACUCCCACAGUUUCAACAGCAAGGUAUGCACUCCACACCUCAGAAAUCUGAGCCAAAACCUCAUUUCACUCAGUAUUAUUUAAGUUCUUCUGUGCCAGCCAGCAAAACCCAGGCCUCAAGAUCUGUUCAGUCCACAAUAAGUGUUUCUGUUUCACAAGAAGAUGCACUUUAUGGAAAUAUGCCUGUAGCGCAUUUUCCAAAAGAAUUUGUAACAAAUUUAGCUCCUAGCAGCCCAAAUGCUUGUCUAACAACAGCUGGAUUAGCAUCUGAUGACACUUUUUUAAUAGCCAAUCUUCCUGUACUUUCCACCAGGUGCACACUGGCAAAGCUAAGGUUUCCAGUUUCCAAUGUGGCCACAUCUUUGUUCUUCUCAGGUUGCAGCCAUCAAAACCAAGACCUAUUUAGCGACAGCAGUUAUGUCUCAGAAUCAUUUAUGUCAAGUCCACAGGUGAAAGAACAUCUCUUUACCGAAGAAAACUCUCCCCAACUUCCUUCAGUCCUGACUGAAAUGUCCAAGUGGGCCAUGGACUUAAAUUUGAUGGAUGUUACAUCAACACCUGAUUUAGCCACUACAGGCAGUGCUUCUGUCCAUGAACUUUGGCUAGCUCCUGAAACAAGUCCAGUACCACAAUUAUAUUACAGUGACGAAACUCCUGCCUUGACAACAUAUAGCAUACAAGAAUCCAUCAUUUCCCUGUUUACCUCUCCGGUAGAAUUUGGAUUACAAUCCAGAACAAGUAGCAUCCCCACAGAACUUCCUUCCCUGCCUUUAUCAACAACAAAAGAAAUGAAAAGUUCAUUUACGUUUCAUGAUAUAUUACCAGUGGAAGAAUUAUGGUCCAUUAGCAGAUGCGGGAGCCAAAAAGUAUUUAAGACUGAUGAACAUGCAUCAGAAUCUUUUGUGACUGUUCCACAGACAAACGAACUUUUUUUAAAUUACAAAGCCUCAAGUCUUACCAAAAUGCAUGUGGAGACUCCCCUUUGGAAAGAGCCAUGCAAUUUAAUUUAUAUUACAACAUCUGGUGGUGGUGUUUUAAGCAGCCAGUUUCUAAGUGUAAACAGCCUAUGUCAAGGGGCAAGUCAGACAUAUUUGUGUUAUCCUUAUGAUACUCCACUGCUUUCCUUGCCUAUAGAAUCUGUUGGUUCUCCCACAUUACAGUUCUCUACAAAUUAUUUCAGUUCAUAUGCCAGUGGUGUUGUUAGAAUCCCUGUGGCAUGUCCUGGUGUUUUACAACUGGAGACAAGUGAUUUAAUUUUGGCUAGCUCACUGGGAACCAACGCAGCCUUCCCCAUCACCAGGCAACUUACAUCCUGGCUGCUGGAAGAUUCAAUUGUCACAUCUUUGCAGGCUGAACUUCAUGCCACUUCUGUGUUUCCAGGGGUACAAGGUUCCAUUAAGCUAUCACUGGUAAUAGCCAUCAACAGACUUACUAUCAACUUAUUUAAUAAAGAGUAUUAA